CUAGCAUCCAACUCGCGGCCUUUCUUUCCUGCUCAAGAGCACAACCCGCACCUUUCACCCGAAUGAGUUCUGAAACCGACGCCCCUCAGAUCACUCUCCAUUGGCUAGAAAAGUCGCGUGCCCAGCGGAUACUGUGGCUCCUUGAGGAACUCAACGUGGCCUAUGACAUCAAGACCUACAAACGUGACCCGAAAACGAUGUUCGCCGACCCUGCGCUCCAGGCCAUCCACCCCUUGGGAAAGCCCCGGUCCUAACUAUUGGGGAUUACACGAUCGCUGAGUCCGCUGUGAUUGUCGAAUAUCUCGGCGAGCACUUCCAGUCCUCGUCGACCAUCAUUCCCCCGAAGUGGAAGCCUGGACUCGAGGGGAAGCUGAACGGGGAGACGGAGGAAUACAAGCGCUACCGAUAUUUCAUGCACUACGCGGAAGGCUCUCUGAUGCCGUUCAUCCUCGUCUCGCUCGUCAGCAACGACAUCAAAAAAGCGCCGGUUCCGUUCUUCAUCAAGCCAAUCACCUCGCAAAUCUCAGCCAAGAUCAUGAAAGGCUACGUCAGCCCCAACUACGAUAUGAUUGUCGCGUUCCUCGAGGAACAGCUGGCUACCGCACCAAAUGGCGGACCCUUUCUCUGCGGAGACAAGCUUACCGGAGCAGACAUCAUGAUGAGUUUCCCAAUCUUGGUUGCCACUCGAGCGACCGAGCUCAUCGGAAUGGAUAUCACAAGAGCAACACAUCCCAAGUUGUUUGCGUAUGCGGAUGCCCUCGAGGCGAGCCCGAGCUACAAGAAAGCAGUGGAAAAGGUCAUUGCUCUCGAGGGCGAAUACAGUUUGGUAUAAUUCGAUUAUCUGUGCGGUUCAAGCUCCAGCGGAAUAACAUCAAUUUUGAUUAUUGGUCCAAUGCACAUCCGUACACAGUACUUGCGACGUGCCGCCAAUUAUGACGAUCAACGGCAAAGUCUUGCGCAUAUUCAACUUCGAGGUGAUGCAGCCGUUUUCCAACAAUCACCAAGCUGUGCAGAGGUUCUCCGAAUGCUUCCUCAGGCUGCUCUGAUAAUUCCUGCAGAGUUCCCGCUAUGAUCCGCUCUUCGGUCCCACCGCCAACACGCGAAAGUGCAACCGCAAGAGUGGAGGUCCCGUCCAAGAUUCCCGUUUGGCGCUUUUCUUCGAUUUCAAGCAGUUGCUUCACAGCCAGCGGGAUCGACAUAUAUCGAGGAGGCUCGUAGAUUUUGCGUCCACUGAGCAGAAAUUCAAGGAUAGGAUCAACACAGAAAAGAAUUACGAACCGCGCUAGAUUAUAAUCGCUCUGCUCUUUGACUUUGAUGUCCAACAAAACGAGAGUAUGGAGACCCAACUUGGCAUUUUCCUCGAUGCGAUCGUAGAAACUGUCCGGUUUCCACGUUUCCGUGAAAAAUACGAGUGACACGGUCUGCCCGAACUGGUAGAGCUGCAGACCAGAAGCGCCAAUCGCAUUCAUGAUCGACGCGUUGUGGAUCACGCGUGUUGGGAUCCCGAGUGAUCGUGCGCGCAGAAUUAUAUCGGUGUGGGUGGUGGCCCUGAAAAAGCUCAGAGAUAUAUCAUCAAUAAUAGACGAACUCACCCCAGGGGAUCUCCGACCACAAGCAGUGCAACAUCAACGUCUUUUGCGCCGUCCAAGAUCUCGUCGCUUCGGGUUUCAACCAUGUCCCGAUCCGCCAAGAUGAGUGUCUUCUCAUAGAAAGAUUCCUUCCUUGCGGAUAAGCGUGAAUGAACAGGCGCAGGACAUUAGCGAUUGCUGACAGACCAGCCGUUCUUUCUGAACCAUCAAGAUACUGGUAUAGGCUUCCAAGUAUACACGCGUUGAGCCUUUCACAGCCUAGAGGCGAUGGGAAAGGAGACUUCGGAGGUCAAUUGUCAAGUCACCUCCAGACCCCGAACAGUAAUGUCCCGUUCAUCGCAGAGACCCAAGCCAAUGAUGUAGAACAUGGAAGUUGAACGCAAAGAUUCGGAAAGCAAUCGAUCAUCAGGCUGUCAAUCGGCGCGCCAUCACGUGAUUCCACGCAUGGUUACGACCUCGCUGGGAUUGCCACCAGUCCGGUAUGCACAUUCGCCAACACAGCAUGUGUGACUUGAUAUCCCCGAAAUUUCACAUCAGGUAAGUAGUUCAAGAGCUCAACAGAAAUCGCAAUAUAGAACGGCUGUUUGGUCCUGAUUGAGUCGGACUCUACCAGACUUCAGAGCAAUCUCGAGUACACGCAGAGUUCGAAAACUGAUGUGGACGGCAUCGAAACCCAUCAGCUUCCCCUUCGUCAAGAAUAAGGAGAACGGGCCUCCGGUCAUACGAAGGGAGUCCCUGGAGGGAGAUGUGAUCUUGUAAGCGAAUGAAAACGCCGCUCGAUGAUAUCACAGGCCACGGAACUAGGCCCUCAUGCCCAGACUCAGUGUCCAGCAGAUUCGCUACGUUUCACUAGCGGGGAUCGAUGCGCAUCGUGGGCUACAAUGGUCGGGCAGCACGGUAAGUUCAGAGAAGAGAUGAGUUUGGACAAGGGUUUCGGCAAAAACGUGUGAUUGCAGAGAGAAACACAAUACAUAGUGAUACAUGCUCACCCAGCUCGAGAUCACAUCCCUCGACCGCGUCCUCUCCCGCCACGCAUGGGCCCGCCGCGUCCGCCGCGACCUAGAAAGCAGCGGUGAGCUAAAGGACAUAGUGGAUCGUUCCAAGUCACCUCCUCGUGCUGGUGCGCCCCGUCCUGUCACGAGUGAGCGAAACUGCUAGAUAGCAUGUACGAGAACAUACCCCGAUUGCCGCCACCCACAAAAGACCCCCUGGCACCUCGCCCCGCAUCCCUAGCACGAUGCUGUUCAUCCUUGACCGCGUCAAGCAGCGUAUCGGGCACCCGGAGAUAUUUUAUCUGUGUCGCGCGUUGAGAGGACGUCGCGAACGCCGAGACGCGUCACGCACUGUGCUCCCACGGAUGUAGCACUCUUUCAGCUUCCAAAAACGAUCGCCCUCGGUGUUCGUUUGGUAUACUUCGCGUAACGUGAUGUUCAUGAAAUUGUCGCAGUUGACGAGAUGGCCGUUGAAGGUCUCGCCGUUCUUGAGCUCAACUAACUAGCGGAUCAUCCGGGUUUAGCGAUGGAACGACUGGGAUCCGCGACGCAGCAUACCAUGGGUUUGUUCUGGGCAGCAUUCAGAAGCGAUAAAGGCAACUGGAGCAAGUCAGCACAAAGCCUGGGCUGAAUGAAGUGGGAGCGUUACCAUUUUAUUGUGGAGGGCAAGAUCAAGAGUAUGACGGUCAACAUCAGCCAACAACGGCGGCACAGCCGAUCACACCUUUGUUGCACGCGAGCAUACUAGCACAAGUAGAGCCCGAGGCCUCUCGCAAUCCAUCGGCUCCGUACAUUGCGCGCAAUGUACCCGUUUGAGUACGCGUCAAAGAUUUCGGACUGAGAGCGCAUUGUGAUUACAAAGUGCGGGUGCUCAUGCCCCAUUGCAACGCGUUCCUUCCUCGACUGUGUACUCUGGCUUGAGCCUGAGGUCCCGCUUCCAAUCGCAUCUCUGCAGCCAGUGAUUUCGUUGCGAGGCAGCGAAAAGAUAUCAAUUGCAUCUCAGGAAUCAAGAUCGAGUCACAAUCCACAUUUUGAUCUGACCUCCCAUACCUACUUUCCUUCUUCCACCACCCCACCUGUUGUUGCUCUUGGUUCACAACCAUGACCGCCAUCCACAUCGACGAGGCGACUGGAUCGGACACCACCGGCGUAGGGAGUGCAGAUCAGCCUUAUCAGUCGCUCGGCUUCGCCCUGUUCACGCACGGCGCCGAGUCUUCCUUCCUGACCCGCAAGGACGCAUCCGCGACGUAUGAGGAGCCGACACAAUCCUCCGUCAAGAAAGCCAAGAAGACUGCCGAGGGACUGGAGAAGAAGAAGAAGAAAGCGGAUGAGAUCGCACGCGCCGAAGCCGCUGAGAAGGAGAAACGGCUGCAGGUCUUGGAAGAGAGCAAGAAAAUCGUUCUAGUCGAGGAUGCCAGUCUGCCCAAAGCUACAAAGUCCAAGAUCGCGCAACUUGAGCCACUCCGAUCGCAGAGAGUUCGUGUGUUUGGAUGGGUCCAUCGACUACGAGUUCAAAAAGGACUGGUAUUUAUUGUUUUGCGAGAUGGCACCGGCUACCUCCAAGCUCUGCUCUCCGGUACCGCUACUCAAACCUACGAAGCACUUACUCUCGCUGUUGAGUCCGCUGUCGAGCUUGUCGGAACUCUGCAGCCUGUGCUGGAGGGAAAGACGGCGCCUGGGGGCCAUGAACUGAUCGUCGAUUUCUGGAAGCUGGUGGGUGGAUCCCCCGGCGGUGAAGACGCGUUCAACAACAAAGUCAACGAGCACUCGGACCCUUCGACCCUCGCUGAUCUGCGCCAUCUGGUGAUUCGUGGCGAGACAGCAUCGAGUGUGCUCAGGCUUCGUGCCGCCAUGCUCAGCGCCUUCCGCUCCGUUUACGAAAAACACAGCAUCAUCGAAGUCACGACACCGUGUCUAGUGCAAACCCAGGUCGAGGGUGGCGCGACGCUUUUCAAGCUCGACUACUACGGCCAGCCGGCGUUCCUCACCCAAAGUUCUCAAUUGUAUUUGGAAACAUGUUUGCCGAGUCUGGGAGACGUGUUCUGUGUGCAAGAAAGCUUCCGAGCUGAGAACAGUCAUACCCGGCGCCAUCUCAGUGAAUACACCCACUUGGAGGCUGAGCUCGCUUUCAUCGACUUCGACGACUUGAUGACGCAUAUUGAGGCUGUGAUUUGCGAAAGCGUGGAUAUCUUGCUCGCGAACCCCAGCACCGCAUCGCUAAUCAAGCAACUCAACCCCGAUUUCAAGGCGCCGAAACGGCCCUUCAUGCGCAUGUCGUAUUCCGAUGCCAUCGCGUGGCUGAACGAGCAUGGCAUUAAACACCCUGCGGAAGAUGCCGACGAAAACCCCAUUCUGGAUGAGAGUGGGCAGGUCGUGAUGGUCAACCACGCGAUCGGAGAUGACAUUGCGGAAGCCGCUGAGCGCCAGAUGACGGAUAUCAUCGGCGAGCCCAUAUUCCUGCACGGGUUCCCCGCCGAACUGAAGGCGUUCUACAUGCGGAAGAUCCCCUCGGCGGACGGCAAGACUGUGUUCACUGAGAGCUGUGAUCUGCUGAUGCCCAACGUUGGUGAGAUUGUCGGCGGCUCGAUGAGGAUCGACGCGGUGGAUGAGCUGGUUGCUGCAUACAAGCGUGAAGGAAUUCCCCUGGAGCCUUACUACUGGUUCACGGAUCAGCGCAAGUACGGCACAUGCCCACACGGAGGGUACGGUCUCGGUGUCGAGCGACUGCUCGCUUGGCUUGCUAACCGGUUCACUGUCCGUGAUUGUUCAUUAUACCCCAGGUGGCCCGGCCGAGCGACGCCUUGAGUCAUAGUGUAGAUCAUGUCUUCAGAUGUUAGAAAUGUAUGCUCGUCAGUUAUCUUCAAGGUCCCAGAUGCGACUGCUGUUGUUCGCC